AUGGGUCUAAAGACUUUAAUGAUCUUGAUCACCGCUCGUCGAGCUCUCACCGCGGACGAGCUGUGUCACGCCCUUGCCAUCGACCUGGAGAACCCGGACGAUGAGUUCGACGAGGACAACAUUCCAUCAAUCGACUACGUCCUUUCGUCUUGUGCCGGGCUGGUCAUUAUCGAAGACACAACCCAGAAUUCUCGAAGAACAGACGCAGAAGGCUUGGCCGCGACACCAAGGCAAGGUGCUGAAAGACCGUCAGGAAGCAGACUUGUCCAUAUAGCUCACAGAUCGAUACGGGACUACUUGUCGUCCACUAGCUCGGGGUGGUUCUCAGACGCAGAGUCAAAAAUGGCUCUUAUCUGCAGGAAAUUCACAGAAGCGUACGAAACGUCCGGCACAGAACGGGGGCAUCACUUUAUGGAUUACGUUCGGGACAACUGGGCAUAUCACCAAAUCAACUGGGUCACGGAGGAGUCAGAACGCCCCGCAGAGCCUAAAGUCGACUUGCCGGUCUCACAACAAGCAUCCCUCCCGCUUGCUGCGAAGCAGGCCGGCGACCAGUCCGAGCUCCGGCAGCUUGCGCUCGAGUUAGAAGGCAUGCGAGAAGAUCUUCUGCUGUGCGCAUGCCGCGAAAACCGGACAAAGGUGGUCAAAAUGCUUGUGAAAAACAAUCUUGACUCGUACCAGAAGCCACUCACUUUUGAGCGAGCUUCUCAAGCUGGCGAACACUGUGGAUACGCGUGGUGCUACGAGUCUGAGAGUUUUCCAGAUAUCUACCCCCGUGGUGAAAAUUUGUCAAAGUCUAGGAAGUGCUCAGUGGCCGUCUGCGCCGGAAAGGGCUUGGAUAACACACUUCUAAAUGAAGCUGUGGUGGCUGCGGCUUUUGGUGGUAGGAUGAGCAUUACGGAGACACUGCUGGAACACGGAGCCUCGAUCACGGGUCGAGAUAGGGCGGGUUACACUGCUCUGGGUGCGGCCGCGUCGACUGGGCAAAGCGACAUACUCGGUUGGCUGUUAGGUCUGGACUCUAUGAAAUUCAACCUCCUCCUGGAUUUUCAGCCAAGGUUUGUUUACAAAAGAAUGCACACGGGGUAUGAAGACAUGAGACUGACGACAGCUUAUGACAGAUUACUCUUGGAGCUUGGAGAUGAACUGAGAGCUUGUCAUGGUACCAAAGAUUGUGCACUCCAACCUCCUCUACCCUCCGAGGGACCCAGCCCGCACGAAUCGCCGCCACCUGCACCAUCCGGACAAGGGGACAAGCGAACUGGCCGAAUCAUAGUGACCCCGCUGGUGGCCGCGGCCUCAAACGGGCGCGAGAAGUGCGUCAACUUGAUCCUCCAAUGGGCGAAAGAUCAUUCUCGUGGGAAGCUCGACACGGAGUGGAAGGCAAGCUGCAUGAACGCUAUGCUCUCUGCUUUACAUGCAGGACAUGUAUCUAUCAUGCGUGCUCUACUUCCCUUCAUCGACGUCAAUUAUCCUGCCCGCGGUUUCAACAACUACACGCUGCUUCAUUUCGCUGUUCUCGAGGGGAACCCAGAGUCACUCGGGCUCCUCUUGGCCGAUAAAUCUGUCGACCUAAGCCUGGUUGAUGACCGUGGCAGAACAGCGUUGGCGUUGGCGGCAACCAUUGGGGCGGACGACCUGAUCAUGGAAUUCCGGACCCGAAGUGAGGCUACAGUUGAUCCUCUAACUGUCCUGGAGGCGCUUCUACGAGGAAAUGACAGUACCUUCAAUCACUUAUGGAGGUUGCUAGUGGAUUGCAACCCCGGAAGUCUGUUCAAGGCGGACAGCAGCGGAUACAGCUGCUUUGACAGGAUUGUGUUCAAAUUCAUCAGAGAAAUGGCCGGUCUUAAAAAGGACCAAGAUACUGACAUCACGAGCAUCAAUGUGUUCGACUGGAAUCCCAUGCCACCAGGCAGCACCGGGACCAUCUCACCCGUCUAUCGCCAGGGGUUGGAGAGGCUGACUACAAAGUUGCUUGAGUACGACAACUAUCCAACACCCGGCGAAGGCAAUAACUUCGACGAAGAGCAUCUCUUCGGAAUCAACUCUCUCCUUCUUGCCCUGACAUCUGGCUCCGAUGGAUUACUCCGGGCCUUGAUAGAGCUUUAUCCAGUCUCAGUGUGUGACGCCACCAGCAAAGGUGGAACGAUUCUGAUGGCUGGCUUUGCCAGGGGUACCACACAAUGCAUCGACCUUAUCUUGGAGACGCUCAGACGACAGGAUGGGACCGCAGUGAUCAACUCCACGACCGUGUGUGGGCAAUCUACUCUGACAGCAGCUGUCGCCCACGGAAGAGACGACCACUCAGAACAAUUCCUGUCAUUGCUCAAGCUUCCGGAUCUUAACCUACGGCUUGCGUUUCAUCAGGAUGCGAAGAAAGACUGCCCCCUCAUAUCCCUUGCGUUACAGGCCUACCAGCACGCCAUCCUCCCUCUCAAUGCAUUCAAAUCAAACAAGAGGAAAGAAAGGCCAGCAACGUACAAAACACUUUAUAAUAACUGCUGGCAAUUGCUCAAGGCAGCCCACGACAGGAUUGAUCGACAAGAUCUUCCAAACCUCUGCCUUCAAAUCUCUGAAGAUUGUUCCCGGCGAAGACGACACGGACUCAUUCACAUUCUUUGCCAACUUCCCCAGCCCGGCUGUCUCGAGCUGCUCCUACAGUCCUGCCCCACGCUGAAAUCACAGCUACAUGUACCCGAUCGCGAAGGCAUGACAGCAGUCAUGCAGGCCUCGAAGACCUGGAGGAACCAUGAAACCUUCAUGUUCAUACUGAACACGCCGGGGGUGGAUGUCAGCCACCGCGAUAACCAGGGCCGGACGGCAUUAUCCCUUGUCGCCGAGAACCUGGGCCAGUUCUCAGACGGCGGGGUGGCAGCGACGCUCGUCGCUGAUCAUGGACAGGACCUGCUGGCGCCGGACAAGUGCGGGUGGUCGCCGCUCCACUAUGCCAUCGCGAACGGCAACGUGUGGGAGGGAAGCCCGUAUCACCGGGCACUGGCUGAUCCAAAGCUACCGGUGGGCUGGACCGACGGGAAAGGCUCAAACCCGCUCCACCUGGCCAUCAAGGGGGGCUCCCCGCUGGCCAUCAGGCUGUUGCUGCAGCAUUCGGCCAGCUCCUGCUGGGUUAAUGCACCCGAUGUGGACGGGAUGGUCCCACUGGCUCACUUCUUCUCGGUGUGCAAGACCUCCAAGUUUAUCACAGCAAGCCCUGCAGCUGAUGAUGGGCGGCCAGACAUCCUCCCCGACACCCGCGACAACGAGGGCAGGACGCCGCUGUGGCACGCCCUGAGCAGCAUGAGGCAGGAGGCCAGGGCCUUCGCCGCCGGGUCCGGCACCUCGGACGGCGGGCACUUCCAGGGGUUCCUCGCCGCCGGCAUCGAGGCGCUCUGCGCGCACGACGGCGUGGACCCGGGCAAGUACCCGCGGCGCGAGCGACACUCGCCCGCCGACCUGGCCGCUGAGGUUGUCCGGAUCCACAGCCGGGGGCAGAUGCCGUGUGAGGAUGGAGAUGGGGACACGGCCGCGGCGGAGUAUGCUGGUGGCGAGAGGGCUAGGAUCCGGGCUAUGAUUAAGGGGCUGAGCCUCGCGGUUCGGGAGGAGGAUGCUGGCGUUGUUGUCGAGAGGAAGAAGCCGCGGAGACGACGCAGGCGCAAGAGGGCGUCUGCUCUGACGUCCACGGGUGAUGACGAUAUACCCCGUGAUAGUGACACACUACCAGAAUGA